AUGCCUUUCGAGGUAAUGCCCAGUGUCGCGGCCAUGGAGAUCGGCAUUAUUUUGUCGAGCUUUCUCUUUGGCAUCGUGACGCUUCAAGCUUUCAUGUACUUCUCCAAUUACGCGCAUGAUAGGAAGCGUCUGAAGAUCUUGGCAAUCGUGUUAUGGGUGAUAGAGCUGGGCCACAUGAUAUGCAUUGCUCACCUUCUGUACACCGGCACCAUUACAACGUACAGAGAACGACCGCAGGAUAUGUUCGAAAAUCCCCCAGCCGAUAUUGACAUCGCUAUUCUGUUAUCCGGAUGUUCUGGUUGCAUCGUCCAGGCUUACUUUGCCGACCGAGUCCGACGGUUUACCAAGUGGCUCUGGUUAGCCAUCUUCCUGUGGUUCCUUAUCUUCAUCACAAUGAUCGGUACCAUCGUCGUUUGCGUUGUAUCGUUCACUGGUGGUCUGGAGAACUUCACGGAUAACUGGGGCUGGGUAUCAACGGCGAGUUGGAUCCUAUCAGCGGUGAUAGACUCUACGAUCGCUUGCUGCCUGUCAUGGAGUCUUCUGCGCCACAGGCAAUCAGCACUUCAACUAUCACACCGGUUGAUUGAUAAAAUUAUAUUGAUGACAAUAAGCACCGGAAUGUUGACAAGUGUUCUGGACAUUGUCACCGCCAUAUGCUUCCUGGUAAUGCCAUACAAACUCAUUUAUCUCGGCCUCUACAUCUGCAUCGCGCGGGUUUAUGCCAACUCUUUCUACGUCUCCCUCAAUGCCAGGAACAGCCUACGACAUAAUGAAACGAACGUCCAUACGAACGUUCACACCUUUAAAUUCGCUACCAGCAACACCACCGGUACCGCAUCCUCUGCGUCAGGGCUGGCUUCCCGUGACGACCGAGGAGCGUAUGCUCUCGAAGAUUUCAAACAGGGAGAGAGCACCACAGUCGCCAACCCGGUCCCAGAUACCAUCGCUACAGCUGUCUAA